CGCAAAGCAAGCUCGCGUCUCACCUCUCGACCAAAACAUUCAGGUAAAUGUCGAUGAGAACGCAGAGCUUUCCGACUGCCCGUCUGCAUACUAUAAAAACCCAUAAUGCACCGGUAAAUGCGGUUGCCUUCUCCAGCUCACCAGGCACUUACAUCCUCACUGGCUCUUCCGAUCGCGAUGUCCAUCUUUCCCGCGCCGUCCCACAAUCUUCCUCCGCGUCGGCCAACACCGUCACAACUACACCCAUCCAGAAGUACGAGGCCCACGGGUAUUCUGUGUUAGAUCUUGCUGUGACGGCAGACAAUGCACGAUUUGUAAGCGUCGGUGGAGAUAAGCAGGUAUUUCUGUGGGAUGUGGAAACUGGUUCAACUGUAAGGCGAUGGAGUGGCCAUGAUGCAAGGGUCGAGGCGGUGGAAUUUGGCGGGGAGGCAGACUCUAUCGUUGCUUCCGGUAGCGCUGACACCACUGUCAAGAUCUGGGAUACCCGCUCCCUGACCUCAAAACCUAUGCAGACCCUAACGGAAGCCACUGACACUGUGUCGUCCGUACAUAUCCACACGCCUUCAUGCUCCAUCAUGAGCGGAAGCUACGAUGGCAGGAUCCGCACAUACGAUCUACGCAUGGGUGUUGUGAAGGUCGAUGUCAUGGCCCAUCCUGUUACAAGUAUCCGCUGCUCUGCCGACGGCAACGUAAUCCUUGCUUCUUGUCUAGAUGGCCGAAUACGAAUAGUGGACAGAGCCGAUGGAUCGGUCUUGAAAGCUUUUGGCGGUGAGAGCGGAGGUACAGGACGGCAGCCAGCAUAUAAGAAUACAGAACUUCGAAUAAGGUCGACCUUUGCGAACGGAGACGGCGCUGUCCUUAGCGGAAGCGAACCAAGUGACCAAACCCCAGGAGCGCAUAUUUUUGCCUGGGACGUUUUGAGUGGCAAUGUCAUAAAUGUUGUUCCUGUUGGUGAAGAUGUCAAAGUCGUGAGCUGUGUUGCAUGGAAUGAGAAGGGGAAAAAUUGGGCAGCAGGAUGUUCCAACGGGAGUGUUCAGGUAUUUGGGUAGCCUCCUUUCCUUGAACCUUGGUGGCUGAAGCGAAUAUGUCAACUCUGCAGUAAUAACUGUGAUCAGGGUCGGAACUGCAGGGGCCAACAGCAUGGUUGGGACAUUUGAGGCUUUAUCUUGCUGAUGGGAGACUAAAGAACUACAU